GGUUGCCUUUCCCAUUUUCCUGAUUAUUCAAUAAUCAACCAGUACGAAGGCUUUUUAUUUUUCAUCUCUUCAUAUUUUACUCCCCUUGCAGUUGUUUCACUCAGUUACAAUUGUUCUACAAGUGACCUUUCACCUUAUACAUUUGCCUCCAAAUUCUAAAGGUUUUCAUAUAGGUUUACAUAUACUUUACCAUGACUAACCAGCGCCCGCAAGGAUUAGCGGGUGCUGUGACUGCAUCGUCAUCAUCCACAACAACUACAACAACAACAACAAAGACAACAACACCCAAUCUAACAUCAACACCAAGCAAAAAUAAUAAACAUCAUCACCUUCAAUUGAACCAUGCAAUUGUAUCAGCCAACCCUACACUACAACAACAGCACCAUCCUCGAAUCACGCGAUCGCGGGCCAAAAAAACUGAACACAAUUCACCACAAGUUUCCAUGAAUAACAGUCUGUUGGAAUACUUUACCAAUACCCAAUUUUCUCGAUCGUUCAACAGUUUAAUCUUGGAUGAUUCUAAAGAUGAGAUAGGAAAGAAAACUAUAAAUAAAUCGCCCCCAUUUAAUGUCAAACAGGACUUAUACAGUGCCGAU